AUGUUGGCACGUGCGCACCUGAAGGGCUACGAGCACCCGCCCCCGCUGUACGAACAGCUCAUGGAGAUGAUCGACGAGCCAUACUUUCGCAAGUUUCCUCGAUCAAACCUCACGGUGCUUGAGAGCAUUGCAUCGGGCCACUUUACACAGACGCACCGCGCGCUAUUGCGCAACAUUGACGGCGACACGGCACCUCUUUCCGUGGACAUGAAGACAGCACUCAGUGACAUCGGCAGAACGAAGCUGCUGCAGGAGGCUGUGAUUGCAGCCCAGUUUACGCACCGCAACGUGCUUGCGCUUGUUGGCGUAGCACCUGAUUCGCCCCAUGGGUUUGCGGCGGUGUACGAGCACGUGGAGAAGGGCCCGCUGGACCGCUACCUGCGCAUGUCCAGCGAGAGUACGUCGCUCCCACGCAAGGUCCAGAUGAUGUGCGACGUUGUUGCCGGCAUGCGCUACUUGGCUCACCACUCCUUUGUCGUAGGGGAUCUGACUGCCCAGCACGUGGUGGUUGACAUUGACUGCACGUGCAAGAUUGGUGGCUUUGGUGUCACGCGUGAUGUCUCAGACACAUCCAACACGGCAACCGACCUGCGCAUACGCUGGGCAGCACGCGAGCUGCUACCACCAGCGGAGGUGGUGGCGACGCUUGCGAUGACGGACGUGUGGGCGUUUGGGGUUGUGCUGUGGGAGAUUAUGUCGCGUGGGGAGCGUCCCUUUGGGCAGAUGACCGACAGCAAGAUUGUCGCCGCCGUGCACAGGGGCGAGCGCCUGCACCCGCCCAUCCAGUGCCCCGUCGAUAUCUACAGGGUGAUGAUUGAGUGCUGGCAUCCUGAUCCGCUUCGCCGUCCGUCCUUCGACGCCCUCGCCGCCACGCUCGAGAGCAUACGCACCGUUGUCGGCGAUCCAGAGACAACCGAGGAGACGAACAUCGACGCUGCGGUUGCUGCUGCUGCUGCUGCUGGUGGUGGUGGUGGUGGUGGUGGUGGUGUGACGAAUGCGUCCACUGCUGCCCCUGGUGCUGCUGUUGGUGCAGUGUCAUCGACAGCUGCUGCCACCGUCAACACCAGCACCGGCAACAGCCGCACCACCACGCCAUCUUCCACCACUGCAAUAGCAGCUGCUACUGGCUCAUCAAGCAGAGGCGACAGGGCAGGCGGGGCGACCACCACCACGAGUUCAUCCACUCUGACAGGUGUUGGCGGUGGUGUUUGGACUGCGCACGCGCCGGAGUUGUCGCGAUCUGCGAGCGAUGACAGCAAGGGCGCACGGGAGAAGGAGCUCGCUGCACUUCAGCGGUCGUACGUGGGCAUGGCAGUACCGCCGUCGACAACAGCACAAGUGGUAGCGUCGCUGGCAAAGGAGAUCGCGCGUCGCGGCUCGGACGAGCUUGCAGGCAAAUCGGCAGCAACGUCCGGAAUCGAGUCCAUGGCCGUCUCGGACGACACAAAGGCGUCGAGCCAGGCGGCUGCACGGUCGUCAGAGGUGUCCAAGACAGCACCGCGGCGCCUCUCGUCCUCAACCACUGCGCCCCAAGUGUCUUCGCCACUCGCCCGGCGCAAACCGGCCUUCACGAAACUUUUUGAUCCACCUGGUGCCGGCAAAGACAGCGAGGGCAACGAUAGUGUUGAGGAUGUGUUCACGAGCAAGACCGGCAAGGACACGAGUGCUGGUGUACCCAUGGCGAAGGAGCCCAACAACUAUCUCGAGAUUAUGCCCCACGAUGUCAACCAGACCUUCCCUCGCAUGAAGCCAAGUGUACAGCAGCGCGCCCGCGACAGGGACAGCGACGGCGACAAGCACAGCGACGAAGACGAUGCGUACCAGCCCGAGCAGCUUGGCGAGCAGAACAAGGCCGUGUCGACACCAACGCUGUCCGGGCGGCGCUCCAUUGCCCGCCGCCUUCUCGCCUCUGCUGCCUCAUCAGCCAGCACGCACGCUGCUGCUGCCGCGGACACAGCAGGAGAGGCAACAGAUGCAACAACUGGUGCACCAGCACUGGCGAUACCGUCGUCACCGGGAACAACAACGACAGCAUCGACGACAACGUCAACCACGAUGCUGCCGUCGAGUCCGCUCACGCCGCUGCUCACCACGCCCGCCACCCGUGUUGGCCGCUACACCAACCGCGAUGGCGAUGAUGGGGAUGAUGGGGAUGAUGGGGAUGAUGGUGAUGUAGGGAGUGAUGGCCGCUGCAUUGCCCACCGCCCCCGCGGCCGCGUUGCACCCGGGGACGUGUUCAUUACCACCACCAACGACGACGAUGACGAGGGUGAGGGCGAUGGCGGCGGUGGCCUGGACGAGAGCACGGCUGCGCUGCUGCCCCACUCGUCGUCGCCACCCGAUUCCCCGCGCAAGACCGCGAUGAGCCUGGCGCUUGAAGGGGUGAAGCGAUCGCCCCAGCACCGCGUCGAGGGUCCACCACAGCGGCCCAAGAGCGAACACUUUCCAAGCGGCAGCGGCAGCGGUGGCGGUGGUGGUGGCGGUGGUGACCAUCGGCCACACAUCCCACCGCUCGUGCCCUAUCAGACCAUCCGUCCCCACGCCAAGGCGGCAACGAUGGCUGCAACAACAGCAACAGCAACAGCAACAGGAACAACAGCCACGACACCGCCACGGUCGUUCCUGCACCGGCAGCGGAGCGGGGAGACGGCCGAGGACGUGCAGGCGGCAUUUGAGGCAGCAGUGGCAGCAGCGGCGGCACUCGACGAGGGCAUGACACACUCCAAUGCAUCCGCCACCACGAACAGCAAUGCAACAGCAGCGACAACGGCAGCACCAGCAGCAGCGGUUGGCGUGGGGUCGUCGCUGUCGAGAACGACUGCUGGUUCGCCGCACCAUUCCCAUCGCCAGCACUUGCACCCGCACCGCCACUCGCACCACUCGCACCACUCGCACCACUCGCACCACUCGCACCACCACCCACACACACCCGUGCAUGUUGGCCCACAGCCACACGCCCACGCCCACCUUCACGCCCACGGCACUGCGCAGACACAGGGGUACUAUGCUCCGUUUGCUGGGAGUCCCGGCAGCACGAGCCGCCGCAGCAGCACGGGCAGUGGCGCCCCGCGGAGCAGGCUUGGUAGCGGGCACGUCGUGUCUGGACGGCGGGUGGUCAAGCGAACACUUACACUCUCGGGUGCAGCGAAGACGGAUGGUGGCGGUGAUGGGAACAAGGCAGAGGUGAACCAGGACAGUCCUGUCGACACUGGCGACGACAACGACAACGACAACGAUGGCGAUGGCGACGGCGCCAGUGAUGCCGCUGUCGGUUGUGGUGAGGAUGGGAAGGGCGCAAAGAAGCGAGCGACGCCGCCCGAGCGCCGGACGCACCACCGCCGGCCCCUCCACCACCGCCUCCGCUACUUCUGGGACCGCAGUGGCAACAGCAACAGCAGCAGCAGCAGUGGUGGCACACGCACGCAGGCUGCGUCAGGCACACAGCACCAGAAGGAGCAGCAAGAUGACGGCAGCACCAAUGGAGCAGCAAUUGUUGAGGAAGAAGUGCAGGUUACAGCGGACCGCUCGCCUGCUGAUCAUGACCGUGGUGACGAUGAUGAUGAUGAUGGACGCGGCGGUGGUGGGGAGGAGGACGUGAACGAGCACGACAUGUCGCUCAUGUCUGAGGCGGAGCGAGCACCACCGGGUGAGGAGCUUGAGGUGAUGGAUCGCAUGCACAACCGCGCCCCGCUCGUGCCGCAGCGCAGCGUCGACUCUGCAGAAAGCGUACACAGCAUCCCAGCACACGCUGCCGGUGCGCACACGGCGCUGCGCUUUGCAGACUUGCCUUCCAUUGCUCGCGCUGAUGGCCACCACCCGCAUCAUCACCAGCAACAGCAGCAGCAUGGAACCUCGCCGCUUCCCCUGUUUAGUACAGGGCCUGCCUCGUCUCACCCGGCCACCCCGCCGUUUGUGUCGCUGCCGCCACCACCGUCGCCGCCACCAGCGACAGGCACGACGGCAGGUGCACGCACCCGUGCAUCCCCAUCAUCACCAUCAUCACCAUCAUCACCGUCAUCACCAUCGCGUCUGUCACCAUCACUGCAAGCGCCCGUGGCUGGUGAGAGCAGUGCUGCCGUGCUGCCAGACAAGAACGACACGACGCGCGGUCGCGGGUUCAUCUUCUCGCGUAUCCGCCAGUUUGCGACAUCGCUGGGCGGGCACCGCAGUGAGGGCGAAUUUGUUCCCGAGCCCGACGCCGACGCCGGCGCCAUUGUGGAGGCGUGGGCCCCUGCUGCGCAGACACCACCACGGCCAACUGCAGCAACAGCGGGCACAGCAACAGCAGCAACGACAGCACCAGGUGCGGCUGUUGCCCUGCCGUCGUCGUCGUCGUCGUCGUCAGCCCGCCAACACGACGCCCAUCGGCACCAGCAGCAUCAGCGCGUGUUUGAAGAGCAGCCGUUCACGUCCUCACCGCUGGUGCGAGCGUCGCCGUCGCGCGCAUCAUCGUCGUCACUCACCAUCCUGCGUCGCCAGGGCAACGUGAGCGCACCGCUGCACCACCAGCACCACCACCACGGCCAUGAUGGUGGUGAUGGUAGGGGCAGCAGCCACCAGGACGGACACGUUGGCGGUGAGCACCGGCAGUUGUGGAGUGUGCCGUCAGCACACGCACGCCGUGGCCAAGGCGGCGAUGGUGAUGGAACUGGCACCUUCAUUGCCGAUAGCAGUGGAAGUGGAAGUGGAAGUGGUGGUCAUGGUGAUGUGUCACCGCGCCCGUCCUCGCCGCCACCAGGCGUGCUCCCAGGAUCAGCAAUGCCGUGA